GUUAAAUAGGGGGGAUGGAAGAGACUCUUAUUGAUAGAAGAAAAAUGGGUUUAGGAAGUUUGGAGAAAUCAGUUAACUGUGAUACCAAAGAAAUAGACAAAAUACUUGAAAAAGCUCUUUGGUUUAAUUUUCUUAAAAAUGAAUUGACAGUAGAAGAAUCAGAGUCAUGCUUGGACACAGACGAAAUAGAAGAGAUUGACUUCACUUUUAAAAGUUAUCUUACUGUUAAAUUUUAUAAAUAAAAUACAUUUCACAAGAUGCUUUUACUUUGGAAGAGUUAUUUGAGAAGAACUAAGAGGAACUGAGAGAAAAGCUAUAUACUCUUUAUAUUCUUCUUUUCCUAAAAGAGUAAAUUCUAUUUGAAUGUCUGCUUGUUAUGACUUUACAUUGAAUAUUUGUCAUUAUUUUAAUGAAAUUAUGAAGAGACAUCAUCAGGUUGACCAACAUUUGGCAUUAAUUGGGUUUCGGAUUAGCUUCAGACAGCUAAAAAGAGUUAUAGCGGCUUACAGCCAUGUUAUUGCGAUAUAUCUUGACAAUUGUAAAAUCACAGUCUCUGGAAUCCCAAAUUUUACUAAUUCAUUGAAGAAUACGAAAAUUCAAACAUUCAGCUUUAAUCAUCAAAUAGAUGCUGAAAAUUACAGUUGGGAUGCUAACCCCCAAGAGUUCGUAAAUUUAGUCCAAGGAUUAGCUACAUCACCAGAUCUAAGGAAAAGUCUUUCAACGAUAUACACAUGUAAUGAUGAAAUUCAAAGAGACAAAGUAAGGGAAAUCCUUGAUGAGAACGGCUUUGAGAAUGUCAAAUGAUAACCUUUAAAAAGAAUUCUACCA